AGCAAAAGUCAGUUUAAGAAAUUUUGUUUUCCUAAAAUAGGGAAAUGUGUCUUCCCAUCGUCUGUCAUUACGAAAGCAUAAUGUAUUUUUAAUUAGAGUUUGUGUAAGAUUGGCUUUUUUUAAUGAUCUGAAAACUGCAAAAAAAGGCCUGAAGAGGAGCUCUGAGGGGUACUGUAUGCAUUAAACAUGCCCGUCUGCUCCAUGCCAAAGGAAGAAACCAGGACAGGCUAAGAAAAUCAUGCAGCUUUAUAGUUUUCCCCCCAUUUUGUAAAUAUAUUUUUUUUAAAGAUACAUUUCUUUCCUCUAUAUUCUUUCCCUCAUCCUCUCCUCCCAAGGAUCUCGGUGUUCCUACUCUACCUUAGCAAUGUGUCAAAAAAAAAAAAACUAGGAACUGCUGACUAGUAACGGCAUGUACCUACAUACAGAUUGUGUGCAGCUAUCCGGUCACAUGAUCUCCAACAGCCAAUCACAGCUCUGCUUAUUCAGCUAGCCCCUCCUGUGCAGCGGGUGACAGAUCCAAUCACCGUACUGUAUUUUGUUUCCUACAGUCUGUAAAGCUUAUGCUACUUUUUCUUCUUCUUUUUUUCUUUUGAGGAAGUCUACUCUUCCUGGUCAAGUGUGGUUUAAAGAAUGGCUCUGAAUGAGCUGGAAAGUCAAUAGGUAUUUGUUCACCUUAUCCCCUCCUCCUUUAGAGGGGAACUUACAGGAAAGGGUUUGCGAACUAAUACUGAAAGUGUUUCUGUGAAUGUGGGUCAGAUUUGUGGAGGCAUGUCCUGCACUGGCAAGAACAGAGAGGCAGAAACAGGAUUCGUUCCCAGCGUUCAUGACUUCGACAAGAAACUAGCUGAAGCUGAUGCGUAUUUGCAAAUUUUGAUCGACCAGUUAAAACUCUUCGAUGAGAAGAUUAAAGACUGCAAAGAAGAUGAGUCACGCAGAAAAAUCGAGAACCUGAAGGACACGACUUGUAGUAUGGUAGAGUCCAUCAAACACUGUAUUGUACUACUACAGAUUGCCAAGGAUCAAAGUAAAGAACAGCAACACGCAAACGGACUGAUAAGCACCAUAAACCCAGUGGAUGGGGUAUUCCAGCCUACCCCUCUCAACACCUCUGUAGUCAGUGCCAUGCCAACGCAGACCACUCUACCCACAGAUGGAGCUCAGGUGUGUAAAACGGAACAGAGGCCUUCUUCUUUACCCGUGGGCCCUGUUGUUACGGUGAUGGGCAGCCUUCAGACCCCCACUCCCAACAGCACAGGGAGUGGUCCCUCGGCUCCCAGCAGCAGCGUGACUUCACCCAGUCACAUGAACGUACCACCCCACACUGUCCCUGACUUCUCCUAUUCCAGCAGUGAAGACGAGUUUUAUGAUGCUGAUGAGUUUUAUAACAGCAGCACCUCGCCGAAACACUGCAUAGAUUCGAACAGAACCGCUGAUGUGAACAGUGAAGACAGCACAGCCCUGAAACGGCCAGACACCAACGAAUCAAUCAACUCCUCCAUGUCGAACGGCACCACUGAUGCAGAUCAGUUUGACAGUCAUGAUGAGAGAGAUGAUGACCCUGAGGGUGAAUCUGUGGAAGAACACAAAAGUGUCAUCAUGCAUCUGCUGUCUCAAGUGCGACUGGGCAUGGAUCUCACCAAGGUCGUCUUGCCGACGUUUAUCUUGGAGCGGAGGUCUUUGCUGGAAAUGUAUGCAGAUUUCUUUGCACACCCAGAUUUGUUUGUAAGGUAAUGCACAUCCUGUCUGUUUUAUAGAUCUCACAGCUGUUCUACCAUAUGUGCUUAUCAUUCUUAUG